AUGGCUCACAAGGGCAAAGCCGCUCCGGCGAAACCGUCGACAUCGCACAAGAAAGAUAUCAAGUCCCUUAAACGGAAAAGAGGCCAGGAGGAGCUCAGCACCCUCCGCAAGGCCAUCGACGAGUUCGAUCUCAAAUCCACCCCCAAGGCCUUUACAGACCUGCCCUUGUCCGAACCGACAGCCAAAGGAGUGCGCGACUCCCACUUCGAGACCCUGACCGAUAUCCAGGCGCGUGCGAUCCCUCUCGCCCUCAAGGGCCGCGACAUUCUCGGUGCAGCCAAGACUGGGUCCGGCAAGACCUUGGCGUUCCUCGUUCCCCUCCUCGACAAACUCUACCGUGAGCAAUGGACACAGGAGGCCAAGCUGGGCGCGCUUGUGCUGAGCCCGACACGAGAACUGGCAGUACAGACUUUCCAGGUGCUACGCAAGAUUGGUAGGCACCAUCUGUUUUCGGCCGGUCUGGUGAUCGGUGGCAAGAGCGUACGUGAGGAGGCUGAAGCGCUCUCGCGCAUGAACAUUUUGAUCGGGACGCCGGGACGAAUUCUCCAGCAUCUGGACCAGACGCACGGCUUCGACGUCGACAAUCUUCAGCUGUUGGUCCUGGAUGAGGCGGACAGGAUCAUGGACCUGGGUUUUCAGAGAGAUGUGGAUGCCCUCAUACAGCACCUGCCAACCACUCGCCAGACUCUCCUGUUCAGUGCGACGCAAAGUAAAAAGGUUUCGGACCUGGCGCGCUUGAGUUUAAAGGAUCCCGAGUAUGUCUCGGUGCAUGCCGAGGCCACCACGGCGACUCCCAGCACACUCCAGCAACACUACAUCGUCACGCCCCUUCCCGAAAAGCUCGACACACUCUGGGGCUUCAUUAAGGCAAACCUCAAAACCAAGAUGGUAGUUUUCCUCUCUUCAGGAAAACAGGUCCGCUUCGUCUAUGAGAGUUUCCGUCAGAUGCAGCCAGGUAUCCCGCUUUUGCACAUGCAUGGACGUCAGAAACAGUUGGCGCGCCUCGACGUCACCAAGCGCUUCGACUCUUCAAAACAUGCCUGCCUGUUCGCCACUGAUGUUAUCGCUCGCGGAAUUGACUUUACAGGGGUUGAUUGGGUUGUUCAGGUCGAUGUACCUGAAGAUACCGACGACUACAUCCACCGAGUCGGCCGUACGGCGCGUUACGAGAGAGAGGGCAAAGCUGUCAUUUUUCUGGAUCCCAGCGAGGAGGCAGGCAUGCUCAAAAGGUUAGAGAGGAAGAAGGUGCCCAUCACCAAGGUGACUGCAAAGGAUUCUAAGAAAAAGAGCAUAAGUGAUGAGCUCCAAAGUAUAUGCUGGAAGAGCCACGACGUCAAGUACCUGGCACAAAAGGCUUUUAUCAGUUACGCACGUGCUGUACAUCGUGCGACGGAGCGGGAUGAAAAACACAAUGAGCAGGGUGAUCAGGUGUUCAAGUUUGAUAAGCUGGACCUGGAGGGAUUUGCCAAGAGCAUGGGUUUGGCUGGUGCUCCGCAGAUCAAGUUCCAAAAGGGGGAGGACGUCAAGCGGAUGAAGAAUGCGCCUCGUGCGCCCUUGUCGAGCGGCUCUGAAGAUGAGUCUGGCGACGACAAGCCGAGGAGGAGGAAGAAGGAUGAGGUGCGGACCAAGGCGGACAAGAUGUUUGAGCGAACCAACCAAGACGUCUUGUCGAAGCACUACAGGAAUCUGGUGGAGGAAGGAGAAGACGACGAGGAGGAGGACUUUUUCACAACAAAACGAGUCCUGCGCGGAGACGAACUCGACGAGGCCGCGGGCGGCGCUGGGGCGGGUCUCCCUACCGCCAAGACGAUCGACCUUGGAGGCACCGAGCUCGUGCUCGAUUCAAAGAGGAGGGAGAAGCUCAUCAAGUCCAAGAAGCAGCUCGCCAAGCUCAAGGGCAAGGGCCAAAAGUUGGUCUUUGACGACGACGGCGUCGCCCAUCCUCUGUACACGCUGCAGGACGAAGAGGACUUCAAGCAGCAAGGCCCUGCGGAGGUUCUACGGAAGCAAUUCGUCGAGCAGGAGGGCGACAAGGUCAAGGAGGCCGACUUGGACGACAAGGCGCUCGCCAAACAGAAGAAGAGGGAAAAGAAGCUCAAGCGCAAGGCCAGGGAGCGCGGCGAGGCAGAAGGAAACGAGGGGCCUCAGCUUGCAGGCGGCGACGAAGAUGGAGAAGAUCCGCUCGAAAUGCUCAGGUCGUUGCCCAUGGCGGGGACCGCGAGGGAUAGUGACGAUGAAAGCGAGGAUGAAAGGCCAAAGAAGAAGGCCAAGAAGUGGUUCCAGGACGACUCGGACGAUGAAAGGAAGCCCAAGCGGAAGGUCAUUGAGCUGGAUCAUGAGCCUGACACGCUUGAAGAUUAUGAGGCCAUCGCUGCGGGUCUGCUUGACGACUAG